UCUCUCUCUCUCUCUCUCUCUCUCUCAACCAACCUUUCUUAUUUCACCACUCUCCACCCGUAGACCGUUGCAAAAUCCACUCAGACACGUCCUCAUUUGCCUCCACCUCUUCUCAGACCCCAAAACACACAGAAGACAAAAACCCAUUAACCCAAAAACACAGAGGAGCCUCGCCAUAGCAGGUGAUCAACGCCUCUGCUUGCAUGGCUUUUCUCCCGAAGCUCACAGCUUUGCUUGUGUUAUUAUUAGCAAUUCUCCAGAGCCAUGUUCAUGCACGGUUUGUGGUGGAGACGGGAAGUAUUAGUGUUCUGUAUCCAAUGAGUCUUAGUUCUAAGCAUGAUGGUGCUAUAGGCAACUUUGGUCUGCCAGACUAUGGAGGCUCUUUGGUGGGUGCUGUUGUUUAUCCUGAGAAAGGGUCUAAUGGGUGUGAAGCUUUUGAGGGUGAUAAGCCUUUCAAGUCUCGGAAUUCUCGCUCCACCAUUGCUGUUCUUGAUCGUGGAGGUUGCUACUUUGCUUUAAAGGUCUGGAAUGCUCAAGAGGCUGGAGCUACAGCUGUUUUAGUGGCUGACAAUAUUGAAGAGCCUCUAAUAACAAUGGAUUCUCCAGAGGAGAGCACUGAUGCAGAUGGUUACAUAGAGAAGAUAAGAAUUCCAUCUGCUUUGAUAGAGAAAUCCUUUGGUGAUAGCUUGAAGGAAGCUUUAAAGAAGAGCAACGAUGUUGUGGUGAAACUUGACUGGAGAGAGUCAGUCCCCCACCCCGAUCAAAGAGUUGAAUACGAGUUCUGGACAAACAGCAAUGAUGAGUGCGGGGCUCGAUGCGAUGAACAAAUGACUUUUGUGAAAAAUUUCAAGGGCCAUGCUCAGAUUCUUGAGAGAGGGGGUUACACUCUCUUCACUCCACAUUAUAUAACUUGGUAUUGCCCUCAGGCUUUCACCCUUACAACUCAAUGCAAGUCGCAGUGCAUAAACCAUGGGAGAUACUGUGCACCAGAUCCAGAGAGAGAUUUAGGGGAAGGGUAUCAAGGGAAGGAUGUAGUAUAUGAGAACUUGAGGCAGCUUUGUGUGCAUAGAGUUGCGAAUGAGAGCAACCGGUCAUGGGUUUGGUGGGAUUAUGUGACAGACUUCCAUAUCAGAUGUUCCAUGAAAGAAAAGAAGUACAGCAAAGAAUGCGCUGAGGAUGUCAUGAAAUCACUUGAUUUACCUGUUGACAAGAUUAAAAAAUGUAUGGGCAAUCCUGAAGAUGAUGUUGAGAAUGCAGUGCUAAAAGCAGAACAAGAAAUCCAGGUUGGGCGAGGAUCUCGUGGUGAUGUUACCAUCUUGCCGACGUUGGUUAUUAAUAAUGUUCAGUAUCGAGGAAAAUUGGAGAGAACUUCUGUGCUAAAGGCUAUAUGUGCUGGAUUUAAGGAGACAGCUGAUCCUCCAAUUUGUUUGAGCGGAGAUCUUGAGACAAAUGAGUGUCUUGAGAGGAAUGGUGGGUGUUGGCAGGACAACAAAUCUAAUUUAACUGCUUGCAAGGACACAUUUAGGGGAAGAGUUUGUGAGUGCCCUGUAGUGAGCGGUGUUCAGUAUCGAGGCGAUGGUUAUACAUCUUGUCAUGCUUUUGGACCUGCAAGGUGUGCAAUAAACAACGGAGGGUGUUGGUCAGACUCUAGAAAUGGAUUAAUUUUCUCGGCUUGCUCAAAUUCUGAGUUAUCUGGCUGCAAAUGUCCACAAGGCUUUCAAGGGGAUGGUCAUAAAUGUGAAGAUAUCAACGAAUGCAAGGAGCGUACUGCUUGUCAGUGUGAUGGUUGCAGCUGUAAGAACACUUGGGGUGGGUACUACUGCAAAUGUAAGGGAGGACAGUUGUAUAUGAAGGAUCAAGAUACUUGUAUUGAGAGGCACGGGUCGAGAUUUGCAUGGUUUUUAACUUUCUUGGUCCUUGCGGCUGUGGUGGGAGUUGGCCUAGCUGGUUAUAUCUUCUACAAAUACAGGCUUCGAUCUUACAUGGACUCGGAGAUCAUGGCUAUCAUGUCCCAAUACAUGCCUUUGGACAGUCAGCAAGCCCAUCAAGUCCAUACCGCCGAGGCAGAACCCCUACGACAUGGCUCAGCAUAAG